AUGGCGGGCGCCGCGGCGCAGCGGCACCGAGCGGUGCCCGCCGAGGAGUGGCUGCAGAAAUGGGCGGCCGGGAAAACGGGAUUCCACCAGGAGCACGGGCACCCGCUCCUAAAGAAGUAUCUGGAUGUCCUUCUAAACGGCCGCAAUGGACUGAGGAUAUUUUUCCCACUUUGUGGUAAAGCAGUAGAAAUGAAAUGGCUGGCGGACCUGGGGCACCGCGUGGUCGGCGCGGAGAUCAGCGAGCAGGCGCUGAGGGAGUUCUUCAGCGAGCAAGGCCUGCCCUACCGCGAGGAGCCCGUGCCGGGGAUCCCGGGCGCGAAGGUCCUGCAGAGCACGUCUGGGAACAUUUCUCUGUACUGCUGCAGUAUUUAUGAUUUGUCCAGUGCAGUUGUUGGCAAGUUUGAUGGGGUUUGGGACAGAGGAGCUCUAGUGGCUGUCAACCCAUGUGACAGAGAACGCUAUGCCAGUUUGAUGAUCUCCCUAAUGGAGAAAAAUUCUUCUUACCUCCUCGUUACUGUUUUAUAUGAUCCAAACAAACACAAAGGCCCACCGUUUUAUGUUCCUGAAUCUGAAAUUACAAGCUUGUUUGGGAGCCAGUGUGAAAUUAAGUGUCUUGAAAAAGUCGAUGCCUUUUCAGACAGGCACAGAGACUGGGGACUAGAUUAUUUUCUGGAGGUGCUGUAUAUACUAAAGUUUGAUUUAUCACGAUUACAGGCCAACAGACUAACCAGCAGCGAGCAGAUAGGAAGAGUUGGCAGCAGCUGCCGAGGGGGAUUUAUAAUCGAGUGGGAAAUAGGUGCUGCAGUCUUAGAGCUGCAGGCCGGUCUGAUGCCUUUAGCACAGUAG